CGGGGCCUGACCUGGGGACCCGGCUCGGCGCAGCCUCCACCCUGUCCGUCUGCAAACUGGCUCCGCCGCUCCUCAGAGUUCUUCGGGUCCCCGCGCCACCAGGCUCGGGUGGCGGACGGUCCGGGUGCCGGCGGCGACAUGCGCCCCCUGCUCGGCCUGCUCCUGAUCUUCGCCGGCUGCACCUUCGCCCUAUACCUGCUGUCCACGCGCCUGCCCCGCGGGCGAGCACCGGCCUCGGCGGAGGAGACGGGGCGCAGGUCUCUAUGGUUCCCCUCAGACGUGACUGAGCUUCGAGAGCUCGCUGAGCUGCUUCAAGACUACCAGAAGGAGCACCAGGCCUACGUCUUCCUGCUUUUCUGCAGUGCCUACCUCUACAAGCAGGGCUUUGCCAUCCCCGGCUCCAGUUUUCUGAAUGUUUUAGCUGGUGCUUUGUUUGGGCCGUGGCUGGGGCUCCUUCUGUGCUGUGUGUUGACUUCCGUGGGUGCCACAUGCUGCUACCUGCUCUCCAGUUUCUUUGGCAAACAGCUGGUGGUCUCCUACUUUCCUGAUAAAGUGGCCCUGCUGCAGAAGAAGGUGGAGGAGAACAGAAACAGCUUGUUCUUUUUCUUACUGUUCUUGAGACUUUUCCCCAUGACGCCAAACUGGUUCUUGAACCUCUCAGCCCCGGUUCUGAACAUCCCCAUUGUGCAGUUCUUCUUCUCUGUCCUUAUUGGUUUGAUCCCAUACAAUUUCAUCUGUGUACAGACAGGCUCCAUCCUGUCAACCCUCACUUCUCUGGAUGCUCUUUUCUCCUUGGAAACUGUCCUCAAGCUGUUGGCUAUUGCCCUGAUGGCCUUAGUUCCUGGAACCCUUGUUAAAAAGUUCAGCCAGAAAGACAUGCACUUCAGUGAAGCAAACACCACCAAUCAUCUAAACAGAAAGGACACAUGAUGUGGAAUUUUAUGGUGGCCACGUCUCUGGACUUUGUUGUUUGUGUGUAUUAUAGAGUGGUCUCCUAAAGCCCUUCAUUUAGAGAAAAUUGCCCUCAAUAUGUGUUUUGGGCACUACUCAUUAGAGGCACAGUGUUGUCAUAGAGGGCAAUUUGCUCUUGAAGGUGAAUUAUAUCAGGUCCUCAAACCAUCCCUGGUUUAGUAGGACACUCUGUGGAAUGAUGGCCUUCUAGAAAAUUCUGUUUAUGUUUUACUGAGUAACAAGGAACUCAGGAUAGUUUCCUUUCCUUUGAUUUUUUUCUCCUCCCUUCCCUCCCCUUCCCUCUUCUCCCCUCUUUUCUUCCUUUUCUUUAGAUACAGAGAGGUAAGAGGGAGAGUGAGCAUCAAAGAGACCACAGCUCCAAAGUUUCCUUUUAUUGUGGUACAGACCGGACUUGAACCUAUCAGAUGAAAAAGUAAUACACUGUCUGAGUUAUUUUACCAGCCCAGGAUAGCAUGUGGUCCGUGCCUUUUGCCAGUCACUGAGCUACCUGGGAUGCAGAUGCUGACUGUCCUCAUGCAGAUUCCUUUUUGCAAAGUAAUAGGUUGAUGUGACAGGUGUUCUCCCGUUAAGUUCUUAGUGGAUGUUGUUUGUUCAAGUGAUAUGUGACCCCACAUCACCGGCAUCACUCUUCAUUUUGUUAAUCUCUUGAAGGGAUUUAUUUUUGAGAUGACCUACCUCUUCCAUAAACCAAGGGAAGCAAGCCAACGAGCCACACAGAGCUUCCACAUGCAGCUCAAAUGCACGAUUUCUGCCAUGCACUUUUGUGUUGUGUUCAGUGACACUGAUAUUAAUUACUAUGUGUCCCUGCUUCUCUUGUUUUCAUGUCCUGACAAUUAAAACUGACUGCAAAUAGACUAUUAAAUACAAAUAGAGCAGACUUGGUAUGUUAAUUGAUAUGUUCUGGAGAACUUUUUACCCAUGUGGACAGGGCAGGACCCUUGAUUCACCGGAAUCAAACGCAUUAGUACACUUUCUAAUCUGCCAGUAUCCAUUCUUGUCUGUCUUUCCUGUGUGGGUAUCCCUUUGCUGGCCUCCUGCUAGGAGAAUGGAUAUAUUACAUUUGGAUAUCAGCUAGUGUACCCUCUGAAGGUUUUUCACUUUGUCCUUUGCCAGGGUGACAGAAGAAAUACUUCUGUUUACUUUUUAAUGAAAAAAGGAAAACUUGGUUGGGGUUCCAUUUUUAUUGUUAUUAUAACUAUCUGUAGCUGUCAGUACUUUCUACAGUUGCAGUAUUGAAUUAAUAUAGAUGUGGGUUAAUACUUCCAAGGACAGUAGGAACUUGGUACCUAAACUUGCCAACUCUGGGAUCCUGUACCCUAUCGAUAUAAUUCAUAAUCUCUACCGAACUGGUUUUCCUCAGAUAUCAUCUGUUGGGCCUUUUAAUAUGACUUGGCCAAGGAUCUUGGCACAUCUUUAGCCUGGGUGAAUUGUUCUGUGGAUUCUUGGCAAUACUUGUGUUCAGUAGGAAAAAUGAAUUCCUGUGCUGUUUUUUUUAACACGACAUGACAUGAUUCAACUUUCGAAGAUCUGUUUCUUUAAAAGAAUCUUGGUGCCAAGAGGGAGAGUGAGGAGGUAACCAACAGAACUUUGAAGUCCAUGACUGUUCCAAAGGAGGGAGAGGAGGGAGAGAGAAAUGAGCACAUUUUCCAUACUUGAAAGUAUGUGUCCUUUGUCCUUUUUCAGGAGGCUCCUUAGAUUUGUCCCCCCGUUAUUUUGAACCAGGUGCCUUAUCAGUUGUGAGUUUACAGGCAAAGCAAUUUCCCAAAUAAAUGGAUAUCAGUGUUA